AAUACUCAUAGUGGGACUCAGCUUUAUAGCUUUAAUUAAUGUGGAAAAAGAUAACAACAGUGAACACUAAGUCUUACAUACUAUAGAUGUAUAUAGAUGUUAGUUUUGUGGACAAAUUGUGUACAGCGUGCAUAUGUAGUGGUCUUUGAUGAAAACUGUUUCGCCUACGUAUCGGAUAUGAGUGAGCGGAGGGAGUGUGGCCUAACCACACCCUAGCAACAUAGUUAUAAGACACGAAACUAUGAUUAUAUUAUUUUUACAGGACAGUGCAUGCAUGAUGUAUACAUGUAUAGAAACAAUGUUUUCUGCAUACUUAACUUGUAGCUACAUAAUGAAAAUUGUGAAGAACUAGCUCUGUCUGACCAUAAUUAUAUUGAUAUGAUCAGACUAUAAUCAAGCAGGCUAAACCUUUAUCCUUAAACAGACGUACAUGUGUAUGUAGUGUCUGUGAGUGCAUGACGUACUGUAUGUAUAGGCUAUAUACAUGUAUAAUUGUCUGUGCAUGUGUUUACAUAGCUAAUGGGUAUCGCAUUUCAGUUAAAAGCCCCAUACUACAAUUAAUGUUACGCUAGAUCUAUGUAUACUGUAUGUGAACGUCAUAAGGUGGUCAUUUGCUGUCUCGAUCCCAUACGCUACAAAGCUUGCAUUAAUUUUGUUGUGUGUAAGUGCGUUGUAAUUAUGCCUGGAAAGUUUCUAUCUGUCUCUCUCUUGGUCACCACAGUAGUUCAGUUGGUCACUGGACAACAAGUUUACCUGACACUGGGAUCGGGUCCUCGUAUCAUUACGAACAAUGUGGAUAUCCUCAUCACUGACAUUGGAGAGGAUGCUGAUGGUGGUCAUCCUUCUCUCACCUGUCACACUGACCUCACUGUCUGCUGUAGAAGUGCUGCUGACAACAAUGGUAAUGGAGGACUGGGACAGUGGACGUAUCCUGAUGGGAAUUUGAUACUAGGCAAUGGUGCCUCAGCGACUGCUGGACAGCAGUUCUACAUUAACAGGAAUGCACCUCAGCUCAUCAGACUAGACCGUAGAGAAACUAAUAACCUCUUCUCUCCAACCGGAUCUUACUGUUGUACUAUACCAACUACUGGAGGAGAGAUGACCCUCUGUGCCAACCUGGUUGUGUGCUUGUCCCUUCCUCCUCUGACUAAUGGGAUGCUCUCCUACUCUGACUCAACACUGGGUGAGAACACUGUGGCCACCUACACCUGUAACACUGGUGGCUACACCCUCAAUGGAGGCAGCACCAGGACUUGUGGGAAUGAUGGAGUAUGGAGUGGAUCAGCUCCAACCUGUCAAUUCACAUGUUCUGAUGAUCUCCCGAUCAUUACCAAUGGAGGCGUAACCUAUGCUGGUGAGUCCACUAACAACAGACCAUUGGGUGCUACUGCUAUGUACAUCUGUUUCCGUCCCUACCGCCUGGUUGGAGUGUCAGUGAGGACCUGUGAAAGUAAUGGAACCUGGAGCUCAUCAACAGCUCCGGUGUGUCAGCGUAUAAUAUGCUCUGAUUUAUCCUUACCAACAAGCGGGAUGAUCACCUACAGUGAUGGAUCCACUAACAACAGACCAGUCAACAGCAGCGCUACACACAGCUGUAAUACUGGUUACACUCUCACUGGAGAAGACACAAGGUUUUGUCUUCAUGACGGGACCUGGAGUGGAUCAGCUUCAGUGUGUCAGCCACAAACAAUAAUACAGCUGAAGUUUGGACCAACAAGUCAUUGCCUCCACUGGAAUUUGGCAGGAGGGUAAAGCUGCAACCAUAAGUGGAAACAUGCGACAGGCAAUCUAUGAAGUCAUAGCAAGAAGCAACAAAGACAUCCCACUGGCCAAUAUCGAUGGUGGUGUGUUCAGUUGCCGCACAUCUCAAAACUACACAACAUUCCGAA